AUGAGCCUCAACGAAGAAAACCAAGUCGAAAAUUAUGCCGCGACGGAAGUGAACCAUGUGGCAGUGAAACUUCCACCAUUUAUUUCGGACGAUGUAGAGAUGUGGGUUCAGGUAGUGGACAGAAGUUUUCGAAUAGCGCGUGUGACAAAUGAAGAGGCAAAGUUUGAUUACCUCGUUACUGCUCUAGAUAGGAACGUGAUGAGUGAAGUGCGCGACCUGUUAAUGAAUCCACCCCGAGAAAAGCCUUAUUCCGCACUUAGGGCAGCUUUAAUAAGACGACUGAGUACGUCUCAGGAACAAAAAACGAGGCGACUCCUAGAGCGCGAAGAAAUCGGGGACUCGAAACCGUCCCAGUUUUUGCGAAGAUUAAAGGCUUUAGCAGGGUCUACCGUUCCCGAUUCGCUCCUACGCACGCUGUGGACAGGGCGUCUGCCGUCUAGCGUCCAGGCAAUUCUCGCGACACAGAAGAAUGCCGCGUUGGACGACGUCGCGGAGGUGGCCGACGCAGUUAUGGAGACAGUAAUGCCCGGCACAGCGCUCCAGGAGGUGGCCAAAUCCAAUCCAAAAGACGACAGGCUGAAUCGCAUCGAGCAGCAGUUAGUGGAGAUGUCGCAGGCAAUGGCGAAGCUAUUCGCGAGUGAACCGCGACGACCGACGACGAGAACACACAGAUCGCGUUCGCAAGACCGAUCGCGAAGCCGUGACAGUGACAGUGGUCAGUGCUGGUAUCACCAACGUUUUGGUGACCGCGCUCGCGUGUGCCGCGAUCCGUGCACGUAUCGUCCGGGAAACGAGACGGGCAGUCGGUGA